AUGGAGAGGCAGACCCCGAAGCAAAAGCGUGUUAGUGGAUUGACGAGAAUAGUGCUGCAGGAUAGACAGGCGUGUGGGGAGGGAGUUGAGGGGGAUGCGGAGAAGGGGGGUGGGGAGGAAGAAGGGCGUGUGGUGCAUGGGGGUGGAGGGAGGUGUGGAGGAGGCACGAAAUGGUUGGAGCAUGAGUGGCGAGAAGGAGUGUUCUGUCAUUUCAGUGAGGGUGGGAGAGGUGACUGCAGGUGUGCCCUCCAGGUGAAUGCUAAAACCCACUCGGAAGCACCGGUGGCUGCACUGCUGGUCCAUAUCCCCUUCUUCCUCCCCCCCCACCCCUCCCUUGACCCAUUCCCUCAGUCCCUUGACCCAUUCCCUCAGUCCCUUGACCCAUUCCCUCAGUCCCCUGACCCAUUCCCUCAGUCCCCUGACCCAUUCCCUCAGUCCCCUGAGACAUUCCCUCAGUCCCUUGACCCAUUCCCUCAGUCCCUUGACCCAUUCCCUCAGUCCCUUGACCCAUUCCCUCAGUACCUUGACCCAUUCCCUGAGUCCCUUGACCCAUUCCCUGAGUCCCUUGACCCAUUCCCUCAGUCCCUUGACCCAUUCCCUGAGUCCCUUGACCCAUUCCCUGAGUCCCUUGACCCAUUCCCUCAGUCCCUUGACCCAUUCCCUGAGUCCCUUGACCCAUUGCCUAAUCCCUUGACCCCAUUCCCUCAGUCCCUUGACCCAUUCCCUGAGUUCAUUGACCCAUUCCCUGAGUCCCUUGACCCAUUCCCUCAUCCCUUGACCCAUUCCCUGGAGUCCCUUGACCCAUUCCCUCAGUCCCUUGACCCAUUCCCUCAGUCCCUUGACCCAUUCCCUGAGUCCCUUGACCCAUUCCCUGAGUCCCUUGACCCAUUCCCUGAGUCCCUUGACCCAUUCCCUCAGUCCCUUGACCCAUUCCCUGAUCCCUUGACCCAUUCCCUCAGUCCCCUUGACCCAUUCCCUCAGUCCCCUGACCCAUUCCCUCAGUCCCCUGAGACAUUUCCCUGGACUCCCUUGACCCAUUCCCUGAUCCUUGACCCAUUCCCUCAGUCCCUUGACCCAUUGCCUCAGUCCCUUGACCCAUUCCCUCAGUCCCUUGACCCAUUCCCUCAGUCCCUUGACCCAUUCCCUCAGUCCCUUGACCCAUUCCCUCAGUCCCUUGACCAUUCCCUGAUCCUUUACCCAUUCCCUCAGUCCCUUGACCCAUUCCCUCAGUCCCUUGACCCAUUCCCUGAGUCCCUUGACCUAUUCCCUCAGUCCCUUGACCCGUUCCCUCAGUUUUUUGACCGAUUCCCUCAGUCCCUUGACCCAUUCCCUCAGUCCCUUGACCCAUUCCCUCAGUCCCUUGACCCAUUCCCUCAGUCCCUUGACCCAUUCCCUGAGUCCCUUGACCCAUUCCCUCAGUCCUUGACCAUUCCCUCAUCCCUUGACCCAUUCCCUGAGUCCCUUGACCCAUUCCCUCAGUCCCUUGACCCAUUCCCUCAGUCCCUUGACCCAUUCCCUCAGUCCCUUGACCCAUUCUCCUCAUCCCUUGACCCAUUCCCUCAGUCCCUUGACCCAUUCCCUCAGUCCCUUGACCCAUUCCCUCAGUCCCUUGACCCAUUCCCUGAGUCCCUUGACCCAUUCCCUCAGUCCCUUGACCCAUUCCCUCAGUCCCUUGACCCUUCCCUCAUCCCUGACCCAUUCCCUGAGUCCCUUGACCCAUUCCCUCAGUCCCUUGACCCAUUCCCUCAGUCCCUUGACCCAUUCCUCUCAUCCCUUGACCCAUUCCCUCAGUCCCUUGACCCAUUCCCUCAGUCCCUUGACCCAUCCCUCAGUCCCCUGACCCAUUCCUCAGUCCCUGACCUAUUCCCUCAGUCCCCUGACCCCAUUUCCUCAGUCCCCUGA